AAAUGAAAUUAAAUAAUUAAAUAUAAAAAUGAAUUUUUUCUUCAAUUGGGAAGGGGGAGGGUGCACAGCACGGUGCUGUGCACCGCAUAGGAUCUCAGCCCGGGGAAUUUAUGCUGAGACACUUAGCAAACAGGGUAAAUUCAAGUAAGCUCGCUCUCCAAUGGCCUAAACUAGUAAAUGUUGUGCUCAAAAUGGCUGCUGCCGAGGGUAAUUUCUCCAAAGGUUGCGCGUUAUGUUUCAUAUGUGUUUACCGGAGCUGUUAUACGUUUACGAUAGUAAUUGUUUUUUUUGCUCAGUGCUACGAACCUCAGUUCAUACUGAUACUAGUAUUUGUGAUUUUGUUUCUUUGUGCUGCUCAAAUUGAGAGACAGGGUUUACAACUCAAGAACCUGCCAACUUCUUUUCAAAAAAAAUAUGGCACUUGUUCUGCUUCAGGAAUCAGGAAUACAGUGAUGUAUGCCUGGUUUGACGAAAUAUAUUUUUUGCAGCCUCACCAUUGUUUAAUUGAUACCACCACCAAAAGAGGCACAGUUAAAUUUAUCGAAAUGCCCCUCCUAUGUCUCCUUAAUUGCCAGAUCUUGCUCAUCCUCAUAUGCUAUGCACACACCACAUUUUUCAGUACACCACCUCAUAAAUCAUAAUUAUAAAUCAUGAACUAAACAAUUCUGAGCUUCUUUUAGCCUUCUAGUCUGAUCCUUA